GUAGACAGGAAAUGAGGAUGGAGGAUAGGAGACGUGAUUGGAAUUCGCAAACAGUGAUCGAAGGAGCGCGCGAGCGAGCGAUGAUUUCGAGGUGAAGCACUGACCAAGCAGAGCGGAGGGAAAUGGCAGGGAAAACGGAGAGAAACGGAAGGAUACGGACAGAAAUGGUGGGAAAACGGAGCUAAACGGGAAGGGAGAUGGCGGGGAAACGGAGGGAAAUGGUGGGGGAACGGGGGGUAACGGCGGGGAAAUGAGGGACCGGUGUUGAAAACGGAAAGAUCCGGCGGGUAAAUCGGAGGCAAACAGCGCCGAAAACGGAGGGAAAAACGGCGGGGAAAACGGAGGGGAAAACGGAGGGGCAAUCGGCGGGGCAACGGUGCCAAAUGGCGGGGAAAAUGGAGGCAAACGGCGGGGAAAAUGGAGGCAAACGGCGGGGAAAAUGGAGGCAAACGGCUGGGAAAAUGGAGGCAAACGGCUGGGAAAAUGGAGGCAAACGGCGGGGAAAAUGGAGGCAAAUGGUGGGGAAAAUGGAGGCAAACGGCGGGGAAAACGGAGGCAAACUAGGGGGGAAACGGAGUCAAACUCGGAGGGGAAAACGGAGGCAAACGGAGGGGAAUGGCGGGAAACGACGGGGGAAAUGGGAGGGGAAUGGCGGGGUCUGGAUAUGGGGAUAUGUAUAAGAAUGGCCGUUCAUCUCUCUAUAAUUUCGUAACGACGAUUCUCAUGCGUCUCGAUGCAGCCGUUGAACGAUUGAUUGAGCGAUGUGAUAUAAGCUCACAGGUCGGUUUGUUCGAUUAGUGGGUUCUGCAAUCUAGCGAGCCAGCAUGAUUGGGCCAUGAUGACAGAAUCGUCGAUUGCGUUGGCGCGAUUUAUCAAUUUAGCUUCUUGGUAGAUUGGUUCGAUUAGUGGGGACAGUGGAACAAGCGAGAGUCAGAGUAAUUGAUUGAUGGCAGGAAGUGGCAGUUAACUCCGAUUUAGAAAGUUGGUUGGGAGAGGGAGGCGCAUAAAAUUUUCGUCUAGGGUGAAAUGAAAUGGGUAGCUGUGUGUCGUGUUCUUCCUCUGUGGGAGUCGCGUAUUAGUUUUUGAUUCAUACAGUUUUUGAAUCCCCUCGGUUACUGCCACUUCCUUCCCAAGGACUUGUGGACCGUCUUGUCCACAAGCCAUCGGUGAUUUGAAGGAGGACAAGAACGAGCCACGUGUCCGCUGAUCGCGUUGAAUCGAGCCAUGUGUCCGCUGAUCGCGUCGAAUCGAGCCACUUGUCGACUUAUGCAAGUUGGCGGCAAUGAACCCCCCCCCCCCCCCCCCCGGCGAGAUUUCUCUGCCUGUGCCACAUGGCUGCCUGGGCGUUACACCACACUAAUUAUGCGCGCACGUGCUUGUCGAUCAUCUUAUUUGCUUGCGGGUAUCCCUUCCAGCACUAUCAUCGAACCGAUUUGAAGUGCCCGGAAGGGAAAAGCACGACGCUUGUACAAUCCUUCUGUUUGUAUAGCUCUCUCCUGUCCUGUUUAUCACCGAGCACAUGACCGUCGACCUUCCAGAACUGCAGUGGAUCGUCUUUCUUCUCUGUUUAUCGUCUCACGCUUCCUUUCCCUCUCUCGAUCUCGAUCUUGUUUAUCACCGAGCACAUGACGUCGACCUUCCAGAACUGCAGUGGAUCGUCUUUCUUCUCUGUUCAUCGUCUCACGCUUCCUUUCUCUCUCUCUCUCUCGAUCUUGUUUAUCACCGAGCACAUGACGUCUACCUUCCAGACCUGCAGUGGAUCGUCUUUCUUCUCUGUUUAUCUUCUCUCUCUCUCUCUCUCUUUAUCACCGUCGAUAUAGAUCGAGUUUGCCUAGCGAUCUCGUCUCACUCUCGUGUGCUCUCUUUCUCUAUCACGUGAUUUCCUUCGCUAAAGCGAGAGCUCAUGUUGAUAGAGGUGUGUCUGUUAUGAUGCGUUGUCGUUUCGACAAACGCGAAAGCCAACCUUCGUGUUUGGUUUUGAGCGAGUGAUCGUUCUCUUAGACGAGUGUCGCCUCGUUGCUUAGCAAGCAGGCGGUGUAUGGCGGAGUUGCGUAUGUCUGAUCGGAAGUUCUAAAGAGAAGAGAGAUGACUUCAGAUCUUGGGUGGAAGUUCUAUAGAGAAGAGAGAUGGCUUCAAUUCUUGGGCGGGCGAAAGCAGUGACUCCCCUCUGCUUAUAUCUAUUUAUCUGAGUGGGGGGUCCUACAAUAAAGGAGAAGAGAAGAGGAGAGGAUCGCUUGGGCACGGAACAGACACUUAGCUUUGUCAUUUUGGCCACGAACACAGAUCUAGGACGACAACAAUAAUAAUAUACUUGUAGUAAAUGGAGAAGGAAAGAGUCUGACGACAUCGAUCGACUUUGGCUUCUCUUGGAGCCGAUCUUACCUCUUCUAAGUACUUCAAUUAUUCAUCGACGGGAUUUGCCACGUUUAACGUAUAUAUAUAUUUCUUUGAUGCAGCAGCAAGGUUGUGCUGGUGGGCGAUCGGGGAAAGCGUCCGAUGUUACUGCGGGGGGAAGCGAAAGAAGAGAAAGGAGGUGGGGGAGGGGGGGGGGGGGGGGUUAGCCAGCAAGGUGGUGGAUCAGAUUCGUGGAUUUGAUGAUGGGACACAAUUUGUAGGAAGGUAGGAGGGGGAGGGGGUUACGUGAUCGAAAACUUGGUGCUGAACGCGGUGGGGCGAUGUAACUUAACGGGCGGCUUUUCCAAAACAUCUGCGAGCCUAGGGGAAUUUGUCAGCUAUGAGCGCGGUACGGCAGCCGAAGCUGAAAGGUGCUGAUGUCCAGCCUUCGUCCUUCUCAUUGGAACUCUGUUUAACGAUGUGGGCUAACGUGUUUGCUGUGGUACGGUAAAACCCUUUUUCACGGGAAUGGAAGGGUCGUCUUGGUGUUUGAAUGUGUGGAUCGACGGCAAUUUGGUCGUAUCCCUGUCCCACAUCUGACAUGUCUGCUCCAUCUGCUCGAGGGCUUACUAUCUGUACACGUGGAGCGUAGCAUCCAUGUCAGGCUAUGUCUGCUGUAUCUGCUCGAGGGCUUAUCUGUGCCGAGAGUUUACAUUUUCUGGUUUUUUGUGGUGCCACCCUCCCGUGCUUGACAGCUGAGAAUGGUGCUGUGUACUGCAGAGAAGGGUGGAAGGCGCUGGAAGGGAGAGAAGAUGAGCGGAAUGUGCCUGAUAGUUCUCUUUCCCCGGUGCUUUUCUUCUUUGUGUGUGUGUGUGUGUGUGUGUGUGUGUGUGUGUGUGUGUGUGAGAGAGAGAGAGAGAGAGAGAGAGAGAGAGAGAGGUGGGAAGUGGCGAUCGCCAUUGGUGCUCUGUUGCUGCGACUUGAAACUGCCGUAUACAGAGGGGGGAGGAGACAUUGGUUGAGGGGAAGGGAGUGAGUAGCUCGUCAAACCUCCUUCCCUGGUUGUGCUUCCUCUCCCUUGCUGGUAGUUUCUGCAUUGGAUCCUUGUUACGAUCACGUGUCUAUCUGAGAUUAGCGUUGGUGAAUCAUGAUCGUCGAAAUCUAGUUUCAUCUCUGACGCAGUCGGUGUUCUCCCGAUCCGGCUGCUGGCUUCUUCUGAAGGCAAAUUGACUUAUUCAAAGUUAUUCCCUGGUGGGAGGGCUGAGCAGGAAAGGUACCUACCUCGUUUUUCUUCUCAUUGAUGUGGUAGCCUUCGCACUUCUGGUUCCUUUUUUGCCAUUUUAUACCUUCUGAGACCAGGGUGAGAGAGAGAGAGAGAGAGAGAGAGAGAGAGAAUUCCUACAGGGCCGAUCAGGGCCUUUGUGUGUGUGUGUGUGUGUGUGUGUGUGWGAGAGAGAGAGAGAGAGAGAGAGAGAGUUCUUACAGGGCCGAUCAGGGCUUUUACGGAGACGGAUUGAUUGAAUCUGUCGAAGGAAAAAUUGACUAUCGGUAGUUUUAGACGGCGAAGCGGGAGCAU